UGCAAAAUAGACAAUCUUCUUGAUUUGAGGCUUCUUCAUGUUCAUAUCGUUAUAAGAACACAGUCCCUUUUAAUUCAACAAGCGCCAUCUUGUGAUACACUUUUAUCGGCACAACAAGCAGCAAGUCAAAAGCUGGGUUCUAGCAUUUUUAUUAUAUUGUAUUAUUAGGAUAGUUUAAUCAAUUUACGCUAAUUGUUCAACAUCCUGAUCACAAUCUUACUUUAUUAAUUGUUAAAUAGACUCAUCAUUUAGACUCACGUUUUUUUUUCAAUAUGGAAUCUGACCUGUUGAAAGAAGGUAUCGUUGAGGUACGAGGUGAUAAUGGAGCUUUUUAUAAAGCUUUUAUAGUAGAUGUACAUGAAGACAUUAGUAAUUUAACAAACGAUGAAAGCAGCAGUACAUCGAGUUGCAACGCCAAGAUCACUUUAGCCUUUGAAAAUGAUUGGCAGCCUCAAAGUGAAUUUCCUAUUAACAGGAUAAGACUCCCCCCUCCAACUAAUUAUUUGGAUAAUGGGUCAAAUGACAGUGGUAAUGGCUCAGAAAUGCCCCCUAUUACUGAAAACAUGGAAGUAGAAGUAUUAACGAGUAGCAAUGAAGGUGAACAGUGUGGGUGGUGGCGAGCCAUCGUUAAGAUGAUUAAAGGAGACUUUCACGUUGUGGAAUAUCAAUCUAUCAACAACUCAUCAACAAGUAACUGUGAAAUGGGUAGUCAUAGUCAUGGUAGUACUUACUCAGAGAUUGUACCUUCCGAAAGGAUUAGAUACAAAAAUCCGAAUCCCUGUUUAACCACAAACCCGUUUUUCAAGAUUGAGAUACCUAUACCGGAUGAUCUUAAAUCUACGACAACUAAUUACAACUGGAUUAAUAGACCAGAAGCUCAUAAAUACUUUAAGCAAUAUAUAGAAGCUAUCGUAGUGAGAUAUGAUGAAACGAAACAGGUAUUAAUCGCAAUCGGCUAUGCUCCAAAGGAUAAGAACCUUGCGAUUCUUUCAAUGAAAAAGAGAGCCAACAUGCUCAGUGAUAUGCAUUUUCGUAAUCUUAAACAAAAGAUGAUAAUAAUCGCGAAAAAAGAAGAAGCAGCCAAGCAAUUGGAAUCCUCUAAAGGAAGCGGCUACAAUUCAGCCUACGGUACUACCGGCUACCCCUAUUCUACUGGUCAAACCAAUUGCUAUGUAGAUGAAUUUACGGUAGCAAGCCAUUUAAUGGGUCUUGCUAUUGGUAGUCACGGAGCGAACAUCCAAAACGCAAGAAAAGUCGAUAACAUUGUCUCCAUUGAGUUGGAUGAAAAUAGUUGUACUUUUAAGAUAAGGGGAAAUUCAGCGGAAGCAUGCCGGAGAGCUCGUAAUAUCUUGGAGUACGCUGAAAAGGCAAUCGAAGUACCUCGUAGUUUAGUUGGGAAAGUAAUUGGUCGCAACGGCAAAGUGAUUCAAGAAAUUGUUGACAAAUCUGGUGUAGUCCGAGUUAAAGUUGAAGGUGAUAGUGAAAACGAACCACCUCGAGAGAAUGUACCAUUCGUUUUUGUUGGAACUACAGAAUCCAUUACAAAUGCAAAAAUUUUGUUGGACUAUCAUCUUUCACAUCUCCAAGAGAUGGAAAAAUUCAGAAAAGAAAAGUUAGAAAUAUUUCUACAAUUGCGUAACCGAGAUGUGCCACAUUCUUCAUCAACCAAUGCUGCUUCAUCUCAACCGUCUUCUCUACCCGGCACCGGAACAGUAAAUAGGACCGGUGGAGACAUGGGCAACUAUGGAAGCGGGGAAGGCGGUGGACGAGGUCCACGUGGUCCUCGCACAAACGAUAGAGGAACUGAUAGAGGAGGCCGAGGCGGCGGCGGCGGAAGUGGAACUGGAAACAACCCUAGUAGAGAAGGUGGUGGUGGAAAUGAAAGAUCUCGUAAUUCUCGAUCUCGUGGAGGUUCUGGCCGAAGGUUCUCGGGUGGUAUGAUGGAUAAUCGACGAUCACAACCAAGAGAUGGUAACACAUCCAACAGAAACUCAAACAAUAAUAAACAAAGACUCUCAAAUAAGGAGGCAACAUCAUCAACAGUAGUGGAAAACAGUACUAAUAAUCCUCCACCUAUGAAUAAGAUGAACCAAGAAAUUUCUUCUAAAGAAACCGAAAAAGUCACAAAUUAAGUAAAAAAUAAUAUAAUCAACCCUUAAAAAAACAAAACAAAAACAAAAAAUAACACCAAUAACACUACCUUUCUCAACAAGAAGCUAAAAACAACAUUCAAACCAACUAUCAACUCUCAUGGAGCGUCCUUAAUUAAAUGAUUUCAUUUUUUUCUGCUUAA